AUGUCCGCUGCCGACGCCGCCAGAGGCGCGCGAUCACCAGCUGACCUUCUGCGUCGUCUGAGCCUGACAGACUCGAGUCCUCCACAGAAGGACGAUCUCGACCCCCGGCGGGCAUACCCCGGCUUGAAGCUUAGCGGCAACAUCAUCAGUGCAUCAAUAUGUCUACCUUAUUCCUUUCAUCACGUUGUUGGCGGUGACUGGAAGAUCAAACCACGGCGCGGAACAUCAGCAUUGUUCGACUCAUUCUCGUAUUUGGCUUCUGACAAGACACCAUGGAACCAUACACUCGUAGGAUGGACCGGCGAGAUUUUGCCGGAUCAGGAGCGAUACUACACGCCCAGUCCAACAGCUGCAUCAUCAACGCCGCAACCCACACAGAAGGAGCCGGUGCCGUUCCACUCGGGCGGCAGUCAUCAUUUGACUCAUUCCAAGUCCACGGCAGAAUUGCCUACGCGUGGAAUGCAGGCUCAUGUCUACAAUCCGGCAAGUGACACUUUGGUCAUCACCAAAGACGACCGAGAACGCAUGGAACGACAGCUCAAUGAUGAGUGCACCGGAACAAUGGUGCCUGUAUGGCUAUGUGACAGCGAGAUGUCUGAGAAUGGGGACCUCCGGCUCAAGGACCAAGGCCGCUGGCGCCGCUACGCUGAGCACGAGCUGUACACUCUCUUUCACUACCGACAGCAUGCCCCCGACAAUGGAAGAGCGGAAAAAAUCUCCUGGGCCGAUUACGUUCACAUGAAUCACGUCUUCGCAGAAGGAUCCUGCGGAUAUACCAGCCGGAAAAUCCCCAACGCCUUCAUCGGAUUCUUCCUUCACAUACCAUUCCCUAGUUCGGAGUACAUGCGGUGCUUGCCGAAGCGGAAAGAUGUGCUGAGCGGUCCAUUAGGAGCAACAAUGGUCGGCUUUCAAUCCUACAACUUUGCUCGGCACUUCAACUCUUGUUGCAAAAGAAUACUUGGCUUCGAAUCAACCUCAGCAGGAGUGGAUGCAUAUGGCGCCCAUGUUGCGGUCGAUGUGUUUCCCAUCGGCAUUGAUGUAGAUGCGGUCAAGCGUGACGCAUUCGACGAUCCGAUAAUAGAAGAGCACAUGAGAGCGUUGCGGAAAGCGUAUGGCGGGAAAAAGAUCAUCGUGGGUCGAGAUCGGUUGGACACCGUUAGAGGCGUGGCUCAGAAGUUGCAGGCCUUUGAGAUCUUCCUAGACCGGUAUCCAGAAUGGCGCGAAAAGGUUGUGUUGAUUCAGGUCACGUCUCCGACCAGUGUUCAAGAAGAGCAAGAUGACAGUGGACACAAGAUCGAAAACAGGAUUUCGAACCUUGUCUCUCGUAUCAAUGGAGAAUUCGGCUCUCUUUCACAUCAACCAGUCCAUCACUACCCACAAUACCUCGACUCACAUCAGUACUUCGCGCUGUUGCGACUCGCUGAUGUCGGUCUGAUCACUUCCGUUAGAGACGGCAUGAACACGACCUCACUGGAAUACAUCGUUUGCCAGAAGGAGAACUACGGUCCACUAAUUAUCUCUGAAUUCUCCGGAACGGCUGCAUCACUUGCUAAUGCCAUCCAUAUCAAUCCAUGGGACCUCGGAAGCGUCGCAGACACUCUCAACGAGGCUUUAGUCAUGUCAGUAGCUGAGAAGAAAGCAAGCCACGAGAAACUCUACGAGUACAUUACCACUCACACAGUCUCGACAUGGACCAACAACUUCCUCAAACGUCUACUCACCAACCUCACAUCAUUCUCGCAAUCAGAUCUUACACCCCUCCUCGACCGACGGAAAAUGCUCGCAAAGUACCACAACAGCUCAAAACGUCUAUUCAUGUUCGACUACGACGGUACUCUGACACCUAUCGUCAAAGACCCUAACGCUGCAAUCCCCACCGAUCGAGUCCUACGCACCCUCAAGUCCCUCGCUGAAGAUCACCGCAACAAUGUCUGGAUCAUCUCCGGCCGCGACGCAAGCUUCCUAGAGGAAUGGAUGGGCCACAUCACCGAGCUCGGCCUCUCAGCCGAGCAUGGCUGCUUCCUCCGCCGGCCCGGCUCUGAAAAUUGGGAGAACCUGACCGCUAGUAUGGACAUGGCAUGGCAGAAAGAGGUCUUCGAUGUGUUCUCGCACUACACCGAGCGCACACCCGGCAGCUGGAUCGAGCGCAAACGCGUCGCUCUGACGUGGCACUACCGCCAAGUCGACCCUGACUUCGGCGCGUACCAAGCAAGAGAAUGCAAAAAGGUGCUGGAAGAAGGCAUCGCCAAGAAAUGGGAAGUCGAAGUCAUGGCCGGCAAAGCCAAUCUCGAAGUCCGUCCGACAUUCGUCAACAAAGGUUUCAUCGCAAAUCGCCUCAUCAACGAGUAUGGCCUCGAGCAAGGCGACGGCGAGCUCCGGGCUUCCAGCAAAAAGACCAAGGCCGGCUACCACGUCCUCGAGCCAGCGGAUGUGAUCGCCGCGCUGGGUACGUUGACGCAGAAGCCUCCGAAGGAAAGCAACCGCUAG